AUGUUUACCAACUCCGGUGAGUCAGUUCUCAAUCUCGAUAACGCCAACACCAUCAUUACGUUGAACCAUGCGUCACAGCUCCCUACUAAGCUUACUGGUGACAAUUUCCCAACCUGGUGGGCACAACUCUUCACUGUACUCUAUGGUCUAGAUCUCCUCAAAUUCUUGGAUGGAAGUCAACUUGAACUAGCUGCUACAGCUCCUGUCGCCGAGCGCUGCCACAGCUCCUGUCGCCAAGCGCUGCCACUUGUACAGGCAAGACCAACUCCUUCUUCAUUCCAUUCUUGCCUCUAUCUCUCCUGA